AUGGUUCUCAAGCUUUUGCUUUCUCCUUGCUCUGUAGACAACCCCUGACUCUGCCUCUCUCCCCUGCCCAGGAUAGCCCGGCUGGUGCUGGUGCUGAGGGACUGGGCCAACAGGAGCUUGCACGAGGAGCAGCAGAGGCCAGACCCCUUCCUGGAGCGCUUCCAAGGCCCCGAGCUCCCGACAGUGGCUGCAGGCACUGGUGAUGAACCAGAGGAUGAGGAGGCUGAGAAGUUAAACAACAAGAGGAAAUGGCAGUUCUUUGUGGUGGACCCUGCUGGGGACUGGUAUUACCGUUGGCUGGCUGUGAUUGCAGUUCCUGUCCUCUAUAACUGGUGCUUGCUCGUAGCCAGGGCUUGCUUCACUGACCUGCAAGAGACCUACGUUGUCCUCUGGCUGGUGUUAGAUUACAUCUCAGAUGCUCUCUACAUUGGGGACACAGUGAUCCGCCUGCGCACAGGGUUUUUGGAACAGGGCCUUCUGGUUAAGGACCUGAAGAAGCUACGGGAUAACUACAUCCACACCCUACAGUUCAAGCUGGAUGUUGUCUCUGUCCUGCCCACAGACCUGGCAUACUUUGCAGUGGGAUUGCACUGCCCUGAAUUACGUUUCAACAGGUUGCUGCACUUCUCCCGUAUGUUUGAGUUCUUUGAUAGGACUGAGACCAGAACCAGCCACCCCAACAUCUUCCGCAUCAGCAACUUGGUUCUUUACAUCCUGGUCAUCAUCCACUGGAAUGCAUGCAUUUAUUAUGCCAUCUCUAAGGCCAUAGGCUUUGGGGAGGACACCUGGGUCUAUCCCAAUGUCACAGACCCCGAAUAUGGGCAUCUGACCCGGGGGUAUGUCUACUGUCUUUACUGGUCUACGUUGACUUUGACCACCAUCGGAGAGACCCCUCCCCCUGUGCGGGAUGAAGAAUAUCUCUUUGUGAUCUUCGACUUCCUCAUCGGGGUCCUCAUCUUUGCCACCAUUGUGGGGAAUGUGGGAUCCAUGAUAUCCAACAUGAAUGCCACCAGGGCAGAGUUCCAGGCAAAAAUUGACUCCAUCAAGCACUACAUGCAGUUCCGCAAGGUGAGCAAAGACUUGGAAACCAAAGUCAUCAAGUGGUUUGACUACCUGUGGACCAACCAGAAGGCAGUGGACGAACGGGAGGUCCUCAAAAACCUCCCUGAUAAGUUAAGGGCAGAGAUUGCCAUCAACGUUCACCUGGAGACACUGAAGAAGGUGAGGAUUUUCCAGGACUGUGAGGCAGGACUCCUGGUGGAGCUGGUGCUGAAGCUUCACCCUCAGGUGUUCAGCCCAGGGGAUUACGUUUGCCGGAAAGGUGACAUUGGGAAAGAGAUGUACAUCAUCAAGGAGGGGAAGCUGGCGGUGGUGGCGGAUGAUGGAACCACACAGUAUGCUCUGCUCACUGCAGGAGGCUGCUUUGGUGAGAUCAGCAUCCUCAACAUCAAAGGGAGCAAAAUGGGCAACAGGCGCACGGCCAACAUCCGUAGCUUGGGCUACUCUGAUCUCUUCUGCCUGUCAAAGGAAGAUCUUAUGGAAGCAGUCACAGAGUAUCCUGAUGCCAGAAGGAUUUUGGAGGAGCGUGGCCGGGAGAUACUGAUCAAGGAAGGGCUGCUGGAUGAGUCGGCUGCAGAGGAAAGCACAGAAGGGAAGAGCAUGGAGGAGAAGCUGGACAGGGUGGCCUCGAGCCUGGACACACUGCACAGCCGCUUUGGCCGGCUCCUGACAGAGUAUAGUGAUGCCCAGAUGAAGCUCAAGCAGCGCAUCACUGCCCUGGAGUCCAAGAUGAGGCAGCAGGAACUGGAGGACUUCUUCUCUGAUAGCUCAGACAGUCUGCUUGAGGAUGAGGAGAAAGCUUCACCUGGUGGGAUGCACUGAGGGGGAGCAGGGGUGAGAUGUAUGAUGUCUGCCUUGCACUGAGGCAGUGUUUGCUCUUUCACAAGGCAGAUCCUGUGGCUGCCUUGCCAAGGGCUUCUCUCAGGUCCUUAGUAUUGCUGCUGCCACUGCCUUGAUGGCAGCACCUGACAUGGCUCCAAAUCAGGGGGUUGUCUUGGCUCCUCCUCCAUCCUGUCCCUUUUCUCGUUGCCUUGAUCUGAGACCUUGGACUUGGGUCACUAAAAAGAGGAGAAUGGUUAAUGUCACAGACGACGUUUCCUUCCAGCUCCUCCAAAAGGUCUGUGCCCACCAGCCCUCCUUCCUUGUGUUUGCCUUAAUAGAAGGUGGGACAUGAACCUGGCAUGGAGAGGUACCUGGAUGAGAGAGACCAAAACACAAGCCAGAUAUUUACAAAUGCUUUUCGUGUUCAGCCUUUAUAACUCACUUUUGGUAAUUAGUCCCCACGGAGUGUCUGUGAACGCCCAGUCUGCACCGAGAGACUCCUUACCUUCAAGAUACCAAAACUCAGCUGAGGCAGGCCAAACUGUACCUCCUACGUCUGCAAAAGGAGAGGAUUUCUGGGUCACUGUCACUGCCCAGUUCAUCACCACCCGUGCUGAGACUGGAAACUGAGCUGGCAGGGCCUGCAGCUGCUGCCUCCUGAUGCCUCUCUUUUUCUUCUUCUCUAUUUGGUGCAGGUGGUUUGGUACCCAGAGCACUGCGCCUUCCUGAGGAUGCUGUUGCCAAGCCCUCUCACUGCAGAGCCAGUGGGAUUCCCAUUUGGGCUGUGGAUGUCUUGGAUGACAAGUGCAAUACCGAGGUACAGGGCUGGUUGUGCUACAUGCAGGAGGAAGACACAGACUGUCUUUCUCCUCUCUCUGAUGACAGCCAGAUGUGCCAGGAAGGGUUUGACUGAAAUGACAUGUUUUUAAGGAACAGAACCGUGGUGGGAGCCAACUGUGCCCGUAUUUGCUUUGCUGUGGGUAGCUCAGAGAGAGCACAGAACACAUUUAUUUUCUUAGGCAGGAGGUUUUCUUGUACUCAGUGGGAGUUUUGGGGCUUUGCACGCCAGUUGCCUCCUGGAGGAGAAAUGAGUGGCAGAGCCACGGGGACACGUGUGAGGAUGGAAACGUGGCACCACUGUGUGUGCCAGCAAAGCCCUGCUGCAGCCCUGUGGGCUCCACGGUUUGAGCAGCUUGAUGUUGAGGGGUGCAGUGCAGGAACAGCCCCAAAAACCUGCAAGCAGCAGCAACUUCAGCACAAGCAGCAGUGCCACCCAUGCCUCAGGGUACUGGGCAGAUGCUGGAACUGGAGAAUGCAACCUCUUUUCUUGCUUCUGACCCAUGUGUUGGCAUGUAGGGCACCCAUGUGGCAUCUGUGGGGUGGGCUAGGGCUGGUUUCCAACAGGAGAACGUUUGGUGGAGAAGAAGAUUCAUGUGCUGGGUCAAAUCAAGCUGAGAGUUUGGCUAAAAUAAUGGGAUGGCACACAGGGAAGCAUCAACUCAGAAAGGUUGAUAGUGGAAAACAGGUUAUUUCCUUUGUCCUUUCUUUUGCCUCCAACGUGAGAUUGCCUCUCUUCAUUUCAUAUGAACAUUUUCCUUUUAAAAACAAUUGCCUUGCUUUUUUGGGAUUGGUGGGGUAGGAACGGUUAAG